GAUUUUUAGCAUUGUGAACACAAGGUUUUACGCGCAUGCGUGAAAAGGGAGUUUGACAUAAUUGGUUGGCAACAGUUGAUGAUUGACAAGAGGGAGAAAUUGGCCAACAAUCGGAGAACCUGUUGUUCACAAGCGAGGAAUUGGGAAUGUAGACACGCUGUUAAUGUCAUCAUGAACACCAAAAGAAAUCCACAACAUAUAUCGAAUUCCUACAAUGGAGGUACUAUAGGAAGGGAUAGUCCAUCAGCAUUAUUAGAAGUACUUGCGGAAGUUGCAUCUCAAACACUGCAUUCUGAGAAAAAACAUAAUAACUCGAUGCUAACAUUGCAAUUCAAACCUAAAACAGCGAGUAUGAAACGGAAAGACUGCUUCACUGUAUCUCAGCUGAUGUCUAUGCCUGUUUCUCAUCUUAUUAAGCAAUUUGCUAUUUUUACAAGCGAUGAGCUCAAAAGACAAUACUCUUAUUCCUGUGCAUUAGUGCCUGGUUGCCAACAAAAAUAUACUAGUUUUGCUAGUGAAGAAAAAGCAAGAGUAUGCAUUAAAAAUCAUCUAGAGGAGCAUUUGGAGCACUUAAAAGCAGACAAAGAGGCUUAUGAUACAUUUACGGCAAAAAGUAUAAACCAUAAGAAUUUAAAGAUUAAUUUACAAAAUAAGAAAGGUCGCAUACAACAGAUAAAGAAACCACAAGAAACAUUAAAUAAAGAGAAUAAAGAUGUGAUAUUGGAAAAAUCUACCAAUUAUUUAUGUAAAAUACUUUUAAAUGACAUUAAAGAAAAUGACAAGCAUAAAUGUUUCCAGAAAACAGAAAAUAAGCAAAAUCGAUUGUAUAAUAUUGUUAUCUUUUAUGCUAGGUUCAAAACUAGGAAUACUUAUAAACGUCAUUUAAAAACACGGCACAAUAAAAUCCUUACUACAUUUGGUGAAGUUUUACAUCCUCCAGAAGAAGACUUUCAUAAAGUUCGAAAUAAUCGGAAAAAAAAAGAUUGCGCUCCAGAAACUAUAGAUAUUGAUAAUAUCGCGUCCAAUACAAUCGUAAACUUUGAAACCAAUGAUGAAACGCAAGUUAUUACAAAUACAAUAGAAGAAUACGUUUUGAAAGAAAAUAUAGACGAUAAUAGAAAUUGGGAACUAAAUGAUGUGAUACACAUUGAUAAAUUCGAAAAUUUUGAGGUUUGCUCGGAAUCUCAAUUGAAUAAGACUGAUGGUAUAGAGACUGAAAUAGCUAUAGAUUGUAAUAUGGAGAACAGUAAUGUCAAUAUGGAAUGUGUUAACAAUAUAAAGGAUGGCCUAUUACAAUUAAAAAAUUCUUUUUACGAUAAUAUAGAAGUAACUAAUGAUGAAGAAAAUCAUGUUAUCUAUCAGCAUAGUAUCGAAGAUCAGGAUAAAAUUUAUAAUUGUAGUAAUGAGAUAAGAUACGAAUAUUCUGAAAUAAAUUCUAAAAAUGAAACAUUAAAAGAAGAAGAAAACAAAGGUGAAACAAAGCACAAAAUAAAUACAGAAUUUCUAGAAGAACAAGAUGGGAAUAAUUUACAAGAAGAAUCUACACAUGAUUAUCAUAAAAUAUGCACUAGUGAUACACAAGACAAAAAUACAACAUACACGCAUUUAAAAACAGCACCAACAGAAACUACAAGUUCCAACGAAAAUAAUCAAAAAUAUGAUGAUAUACAUAUUAUUAUUACACAAAAUAAUCAUAUCACAAAUGAAAAAUCUAUUGUUAAUAGUUUUGGUACUGAAAAUAAAAAACAUCCAGAAAAUAUCUUCUGUGCACAAGUUAUAUAUGCGAAUAUUAAUAUUCCACAAACGUUCAAUGAAAUUCAUGAAAAGAUUAUUUCACAAAAUCAAAACAAUAUAUUGCAAGAAAGCGAAUAUGUAAGUCAAUCUAUCGCGACUAAUUUGGAAGAUAUUUUGAAUGUUUCUUCGAAGAACUCUUUCGAAAUCAAUCAACAAAAUUAUCAGUAUUUAUAUAUUUGUAAUGAACAAUUAAGUAAAUUAAUCGCUCAGAAUAAAUACAUAGCUAUACCAUUGCAUCAAAUCAAGUUGUGUCGUGAUUAUCGAUUGCAAGCAAAAGUGGACAAUUACAGAUCGAUGUAUAUCAUAAAUGAGGAUAUAAGAACAAUCAUAAAGCAAUCCGAGAAACAAAAUGCGAUUUUAGUUUUAUCCAAUGAUAGUUUCAAAAAUAGUAUUUUUCAAGUUGACAAAAAUAGUAUUAUUGUCACAGCUCUAGAUAGAUAGAAAGAGACAGAUUGGUGUACAAAAUAAUAUUAAUAUUUGUAUAAUAAAAUACUUAAAGUUUAAUGUUGGUCAAGUUCGAAAUAUAUUUUGUACUAAUAUGCUAAUAGACGCAAUCGAUGGAUUGAGGUACACACAAUAAUCGUUGUAAUAUAUAAUC